ACUACGUCAAGUUCAUCGAAGCGCCGUACGCGGACAAGGAGAAAAAAACGUCGAUACUUGUGUUUUUUUGCAAUGUGAAAUAGCAUAAGAUAAUUCUAGAUGUGGAAGUUUUCCAUUUAGUUGAUGAACGAGGACAACGUGCCUUUCGCGAUUCAUCCGAGUGAAGUUGGCCAGCUUGAUCGAGAAAACAACGUUGCACGCGCUGGCUGCAGUUUUCUUGGUUAGGAGCGACAACGAGCUUUAACGUAAAAGUAUUACGAUUUUUCAAUCGAGAAGACAAGAAAGCUGCCAAUCUGAAAGAUGUGAAAAGCGCGCGGAAUCGAGGAAAGACUAAAUGCUGAGAACAUAUAAUCUAUAAUAAAAUUAUAACAAAAUAUAAAAAUGUCAUUCUAUGAAUAUGUCGCUGUCAAUAGUGUUCGUAACGGGCAACGCGAAGAAGCUGGAGGAGUUUAUCGCCAUUUUAGGGAAAGACUUUCCUCGAUGGAUAACGAGCAAGAAGAUCGAUCUGCCCGAGUAUCAAGGCGAGGUAGACGAUAUAUGUCGCGACAAGUGUCGGGCUGCGGCGAAUCUAAUAAAAGGUCCGGUGAUCAUCGAAGAUACCUGUCUCUGCUUCAAUGCGCUGAAGGGCCUUCCGGGGCCUUACAUCAAGUGGUUCCUCGAGGCACUGGGCCCCGAAGGACUUCACAAGAUGCUCCACGGAUUUGAGGACAAAUCGGCGGAAGCGGUUUGCACGUUCGGUUACUGCUCCGGCGAAGGCUCGGAGGUCCACCUAUUUCAAGGCCGAACUCAGGGCACUAUUGUGAGUCCGCGAGGUUCCAGGGAUUUCGGUUGGGACCCUUGUUUUCAACCUCUGGGCUACGAUAAGACCUACGCGGAGCUGCCGAAGGAAGAAAAGAACAAGAUUUCUCAUCGCAGCAAGGCGAUAGAAAAACUAAAAGAUUAUUUGAUAAAAAAUGAGAAGAGUUAAUUUAUUUCAAUAGACUUAUUGUCGUCGCUCAUUAUCGUCAAGAUACCGAUUACUUGGAUUGGACUGCAGCAGUGUCCCAGAAAUAUUCGGCAAUCUCUUCUUUCCGGUCCAUAAUAAGAAUCACGGGGGAGCAGUGGUGCGAUUAUAUGUGGUACACAAAGAUAAACCCGCAAAAUGCAUGUGUAAUUUAGACAGACAGAGGGAGAAAGAGAAGAUAGAGAGAGAGAGAGA